AACGUAAACAAUGAUGACAGUUUGAUAGACUCACGUUUUCCGAAACAUCUCCGGUGCGGUUUCGUUUAAAAAUGGAUAAAUGUAAACUAAUUAAAGAGAUUAACAAACUCCAAACGCUUCUGAAAACAAGGCGCGUUGUCAUCAUGCACAAGUUGGUACGACUGAGCAAGCUGUUCACGGCGAAAGCUGCAACGAGUUCUGAUCCGCGUGCCCAGAAAAAAGCGGAAAACUACGUGGCCAUCCUUACCAACAUUAAAUCACUCUCUCCUGCUGCAUUGUUGGAGAAAGUCAUUCAAUAUCAGCCAGCGAAAAAUGGCCAGCCGGCGGAUCCGCCCUCUAUUGAACAGCGCAGCAUUGCCCGGUUUAUGGAAGAUGAGAAGCUAGUUCGGCACCUCAAAUCGCUCGAAGGUCAAUUUGGCAAAGGUGAAAAAUCAAAGCUGCUUGAGGUCCUUAAGAAGAAGAGUAAGAUAAAAACAUCCGUGAACAAGCAGAAGAAAAAGGAAAGGAUUGCGAAGCGGCUAGCAAAAGAGGAGAAAAAGAAGCAAAACACCGGAAAACAAAAUGACGCGUCCGAUAACAAGAACAAACUGAAACGUAAGCUGGAUAACGAUGGAACGGAUGUUGUGCAACAAACAAGAAUUGCUUCGUACGAUUCGUACGAAUCGGACGACGGCUCUGAGCCGCGGAGCAUUAAGCUGAAUGAAUCCGAUCAAUCUGAUGAGGAAGAGCAGUUCGACCAACGAAGUUCUCCUAGCGUGUCCGUCAGUGAAAGUGAUCCCGAUUACGCCAGUGAUGAAGAUUCGGACGCUAAUGCUUUGGAAUCACGGAAAAAUUAUGUUUCUGUCGCUAAGCCGAAGAAAGCUAUUGACCAGGAAAGCAAACCGAUCAUCAGCGAACCUGAACUACCAUAUAAUCAAAGUCUUCCAGCGAAAAAGAAGGUUGUAAAUUACAAAGCACCCGAGGACGACGACGAAGAAGACGGAGUUGAGCUGUUAACGGACAGCUUCUUCAUUACGGAAACGGGAGAACGGUACGUGGCAGUCGCUCCAAAACUCAAACCUCGGGCAGAAGGAGAUGAAGAUUCGGAAGAAGAAGAAGAAGAAAGCUGGAAGUUUGCCAAUAAGCGGAAAAAACGAGAGCAGCAAUGGCAAGAACAGGAUAAUGAUGAAGAACUGGACGUUGGGCAGAACUAUACGACGCACAGCAAAGCAAGUAACCUUGGCGGGAAAGGAAAGUUUGCCAAUGGGAAGCAAAUGUAUAAUCAAUCGUCUAAAAUUAACGACGAUCUUCAUCCGUCUUGGGCUGCCAAACAGGCUCAGCAAGGCAUUAAACCUUUCGCUGGCAAAAAGGUGGUAUUUGACGCAGAGGAUGGUGAUACAAACAUGAAACCAGUUGGCACCAACCGAUAUCCCAGUAAAUCUGAUAGUCAAAGCGAUCUUCAUCCGUCUUGGGCGGCCAAACAGGCCCAGCAAGGAAUUAAACCUUUCGCUGGCAAAAAGAUUGUGUUUGACGCAGAGGAUGGUGAUACAAAUAUGAAACCAGUUGCCACCAACCGAUUUCCAAGUAAAUCUGAUAGACAAAGCGAUCUUCAUCCGUCUUGGGCGGCCAAACAGGCCCAGCAAGGAAUUAAACCUUUUGCUGGCAAAAAGGUGGUAUUUGACGCAGAGGAUGGUGAUACAAACAUGAAACCAGUUGCCACCAACCGAUAUCCCAGUAAAUCUGAUAGACAAAGCGAUCUUCAUCCGUCUUGGGCGGCCAAACAGGCCCAGCAAGGAAUUAAACCUUUCGCUGGCAAAAAGGUGGUGUUCGACGCGGAUGAUAAUGAUAAUGAACGGGCAGAAUUUACUUCCAACCAACCAAAAAGCGACAAUUUCAAUAGCAAAUCACACCUUCAUCCUUCGUGGGCGGCGAAGCAAGCGCGAAAUGGAACUAAAAUCUUUGAUGGGAAUGGUACGAGGAGCUUUCCACCAAAGCACACCUCAAACAAUGAUCUUCACCCAUCGUGGGCGGCUAAACAAGCACAGAGCGGAAUUAAACCAUUUGCCGGCAAAAAGAUUGCAUUCAAUGAUGAUGAUAAUGACGGCAGUAACCACGGCGACCCGACCGUUAUAAAACGAAUGCACCCGACAGAUAAUCGGAAAAACAACGAUCUACACCCUGCAAAGCAGGCCCGGAAUGCUGUACUACCUUUUAACAGUGGUAGAUCAGCAUACGGCAACGGUGUUCACAAGUCUCAAGCUGACAGCUCUGACCUACAUCCGUCCUGGGCUGCGAAACAGGCCCAGAGCGGAAUCAAACCUUUCGCGGGUAAAAAAAUUAAGUUUGACGCCGAAUAAAUAAUUUCGCUCGGUAAAGAUCGUUCGCACUCUA